AUGAAGUUCUUACAUGUGCUUGUUCUGAUUGCCUUCAUGCUGAUGGCCCUCCGCGUCAUAGCCGGAGAGCCAACGAGGUAUCUCAUCGAAUUAAGCCCUGGCAUACAAAGAUGGGUAACUGAAGAAGAAAAGUGGAAGCUCGGGUUGAGCGGGCAAAGAUUCAUGGAUAUCACCGACGCACAAGAUACGGAUUCAACGAUUGUCCAAAUCCAAAGUCCAUGGGAUGGAGAUUUCCCCGUUACAUUUCCUUCCAAGUGUCUGAUGCAGGACAAAGUCAGACAGUUGGCUGGAAGGCUGUCCAAAGACGCGAUGCGGUUAAACCUUCACAAGUUGAAUGAGUUCUACAACCGUUAUUACAUGUCCGAAUAUGGACGGCUUUCAUCUAGAUGGGUUCUGGAAAGAGUCGAAGAUCUCGUCAAGGAGGCUGGCGCUGACGGUACCGUGACUGUCAUGGCCUUUACUCACUCGUGGCCGCAGAUUUCGACAAUUGCUAGGAUUCAAGGUCGGACAGAUAAUACCAUCAUCAUCGGCGCACACCAGGACUCUAUUACUCCAUAUGAGCUCACACGUCAAAAUGUUUCUGCCAUUGGUCCCGAGGAUGGAAGUGGCGCAGUUACCAUUAUGGAAGUCUUCAGCACCCUGCUCAAUGACAAAGACGUCGUCAGGGGGCUCGCGCAGAACACUGUGGAAUUCCAUUGGUACAGCGGCGAAUCAGCUGGUCUCUUGGGCAGUCAAGAAAUUUUCCGCUCGUAUGUGGAAAAUGGUCGUAAAGUCAAAGGUAUGAUACAACAAGACAUGGUGGGCUACAUCCAAGGAACUUUGAACGCAGGUAAGCCUGAGACGCUCGGUGUCGUCACAGACUACACUCAUUUUGGCCUCAAUACUUUCAUCAGGACAGUCAUUGACGAGUACUGCGAUAUCCCUUGGGUCAUGUUACAGUGCAAUUUUGCUUGUUCUGGCCACCAUUCUGCAGCGCAGGCUGGUUAUCCUUCUGCGCUCGUGACCGAUCUCAGCGAUUCAGCUUUUGAUCGUAAAUAUGAGCAUGCAAAUACUCGUGAUUACAUCAAACUUAUAUCAUACGAUCAUAUGCUUCAGCAUGCAAAACUGACUUUAGGCCUAGUAUAUGAGCUUGCGCAUUUCAAAUUCCCGAAUGUCACAUCUUAG